GCGCAUGCGCAGAGCGAGCGGCAUCCCAAGCGCUUGUUUUAUGCGCAUGGUCGGAAGACGUGAUAGUUACUCGGUGGGAUUUAGUGAUCUGAUGCACCUUGUAUUCCGUUAUUCCAGAGUUUGGGAGACUCCGAAACCUAGAAUUCCAGAACGUGACGUGAAAGUAGAGAGGAGGUGUAACUAUGGAGACAACCUCUGAGAGGUCAAUGCUGAAUCUUUAGCCUAUACAAUGGCUGCCUCUUUCUUUCAGUGUCAGUGAAGAUGUGCUGUGUCUGCAUUGGAAUUUGCUCAGAGUAGUAAGAGGUUUUUUGGCAUGUGUAUAUGCUUUGCAAUCUAGGAUCAGCUGUUUGAGAAAUGAUUAUUUAUUACGGAUGAAACUUCUAUCAAAAUACAGCUUGAAGGAAACCUGAUAGAAGUAGCCAGAAUUUCUUGGGAAUGGCUGAAAAACAAGAGGAUGAUGAACCACUUAUACUUACAUUAGAAGAAAAUGGUGGUUGCCCUGAUCUUUCUGGGCAGGCCAUAAACCAUGAAGAAACUUCAACCACAGAAGAAUAUGACCUCACAUACACCUCAGAGCAAGUCCAGGCAUCAGAAAAUUUAGUGGAGAGCUGGGAAACUCGAUAUCAGGAAGCGGCUAUCUACCUCCAGGAGGGGAAGAAUAAUGACAAGUUUUACACACACCCUCGUGAUGCCAAGGCUCUCUCAGCUUAUCAUUUUGCCCACAAUCACAUGUUCUACUUGUUAGAACUCAGCACAGGCCUUCUCUUGCUCCUUUUGUCUCUGUGUGAAGCUCCUGCAGUGCCAUUUCUUCGUCUAGACAUAUAUGUUCAUGCCACACUUGAGCUACUUGCCUUGGCAUUGGUGGUGUUUGAGUUGGCUAUGAAGAUGAGAUGGCUGGGGGGAAAGACGUUUCUGAGGCACCGCAGAACAAUGCUGAAGAGUGCUGUGCUGGUGGUGCAGUUUAUAGAAGCCAUAGUAGUACUUGUGAGACAGACUUCGCAUGUACGUGUGACGCGAGCCCUACGUCCCAUCUUUCUAGUGGAUUGCAGAUAUUGUGGGGCUGUAAGAAGGAAUCUGCGCCAGAUUUUCCAGUCUCUCCCACCUUUUAUUGACAUCUUACUUCUCCUACUGUUUUUUAUGGUCAUUUUUGCCAUACUUGGUUUUUACUUGUUUUCUUCCGACCCAAAUGAUCCGUAUUUCAGCACUCUAGAGAACAGCCUUGUAAGCCUGUUUGUUCUUCUCACUACUGCCAAUUUCCCAGACGUUAUGAUGCCAGCUUAUUCCCGCAACCCAUGGUCCUGUAUUUUCUUCAUCAUUUACCUAUCUAUUGAGCUGUACUUUAUCAUGAACCUGCUGUUGGCGGUUGUGUUUGAUACUUUUAAUGAUAUUGAGAAGAAGAAGUUCAAAUCUCUGUUACUACACAAGCGCUCGGCAAUUCAGCACAGCUACCAGUUGCUUCAUAGCACACAGGGUACUUCAGGAGUUUCUUUCCGUCACUUCAAUGGAAUGAUGAAGUUCUAUAAGCCUAGUAUGUCAGCCCGUGAUCGCUACCUGACAUACAGAGCCUUGAAACAAAGUCAGGCAGAAAAUCUUCGACUGAAAGACUUCUACCAUUUCUAUGAAGUUGUUGAAUUAAAGUGGAAGGUGCAGAAGAUACGUGAGCACUGGUUUGAUGACCUGCCUCCCACGGCACUCCUGAUAUUUAAAGGUGUGAAUGUUUUGGCAAACUCCAGGGUCUUCCAGUAUAUUAUGUAUGCAGUAGUUGCUAUCAAUGGCUUCUGGAUUCUGGCAGAGACAUUCAUGUUGCAAGGUGGAAAUUAUUUUCCAGAAGGGGUUCCUUGGAGCUACAUUGUUUUUCUCACAAUAUAUGGUUCUGAAUUGCUACUUAAGUUGACAGGCUUAGGCCCAGUGGAAUACUUCACAUCAGGAUGGAAUUUUUUUGACUGCUCUGUGACUUUAUUGGCUUUGCUUGGGCUCCUCGUACUGGCCUUCAACAUGAAGCCUUUCUAUUUCAUUGUGGUUCUCCGGCCCUUACAACUUCUUAGACUCUUUAAAAUGAAGAAACGUUACCGAACAGUGUUAGAUACCAUGUUUGAGCUUCUUCCAAGGAUGGCAAGUCUUGGAUUGACGCUUCUGAUCUUCUAUUAUUCCUUUUCAAUUGUUGGAAUGGAGUUCUUCUCUGGCGUGCUUUAUCCCAACUGCUGCAACACCAGUACUGUGGCAGACUCUUACAGAUGGCUUAAUCGCACUGUAGGCAACCAGACUCAGUUUGAGGAGGGUUACUACUACUUGAACAACUUUAACAAUAUUCUUAACAGCUUUGUGACACUAUUUGAGCUGACGGUGGUUAAUAAUUGGUAUAUAAUCAUGGAAGGUGUCACCUCCCAAACAUCUCACUGGGCUCGCCUCUACUUUAUGGUGUUUUACAUAGUUACAAUGGUGGUUCUCACCAUAAUUGUGGCUUGCAUAUUGGACUCCUUUGUAUUUCGUAUGAAUUACUGCAGGAAGAACAGAGAUGCUGAAGAUGAAAAGGGGAUCACCUUAGAGAUGGAGGUGGGGAAAGAGGAACUAACACUUAUUCUCAGACAUACUCAAAGCAGUGAUGAAAGAAGUCAAAUGCGCAAAUUGCUGUCUCACCUACAGUCUAAUGAGUCUCCUUCUAUCCUGUUCCUGGGUCGUAGAUCCAGAACCAAAAGUGACCUGAGCAGGAAGAUGUAUGAAGAGGAGAUCCAGGAGUGGUAUAAGGAGCACUCGCAGUUACAGGUGAAGAAAACAGUAGAGCUUCAGCCAACAUCUGGAAGCUUGCGCCCUCGGUCUCGGACAGUAAACUAAUCGCAAGAUACCAUAUAUUUUUUGCCUGACUAUGCAAUGACCUGCAAUGAUAUUUACCCUUAAAGGGCCAGCACAAGGGACAGAAAAAUAAGUAGUUAGGUUUUUUAAUAAAGGCUUCGCCACCUGGUAAAGGG